CGGUGACGUGACUCGGGUGGCGGAGGAGUGGCGGGCCCGCUACCGGAAAGGAGCGGAGCUCUUGGGGAGCUAUCCCGCCCCAGGGAAGUCGUGUCGGCGUUGCCGGCACCGCCUCGCCGCGGUGGCCGUGAUGCGCUCCACCCGCGAGUCCCCACUCCUGGGAGCCCCGGCCGUCGAGUCGGAAGUAGCCGAGCAGCCUCAUAGGACUACAUGAUCUCAACCCUUGGGUAUAUAGCCUGGAAAGAAGAAACAAAAGUUGAUCUAGAAUAGGAGGGCUCUAACGCCAGGAGGACUGCGGUGAUGGUGUGAGGACUGAUUCCCAGAGCCUUGCCUGACCUCUGACCCAUCAGCAUGGGGAGGAUUGGCAUCUCCUGUCUUUUUCCUGCUUCCUGGCAUUUCAGCAUCUCUCCAGUGGGGUGUCCCCGAAUUCUGAACACCAACUUACGCCAAAUUAUCGUCAUCAGCCUUCUGGCUGCUGCUGUCUCACUUUUAUACUUUUCUGUUGUCAUAAUCCGAAAUAAGUAUGGACGGCUCUCCAAAGACAAGAAGUUUCAAAGGUACUUGGCACGAGUUACUGAUGUUGAAGCUACAGACACCAAUAACCCCAACGUGAACUAUGGCAUCGUGGUGGACUGUGGGAGCAGCGGGUCUCGGAUAUUUGUCUAUUGCUGGCCACGGCACAAUGGCAAUCCUCACGAUCUGCUGGAUAUCAGGCAAAUGAGGGAUAAAAACCGAAAGCCUGUGGUCAUGAAAAUAAAACCCGGCAUUUCAGAGUUUGCGACGUCUCCAGAGAAAGUCAGUGAUUACAUUUCUCCACUCUUGAACUUUGCUGCAGAGCAUGUUCCACGGGCAAAACACAAAGAGACCCCUCUCUACAUUCUCUGCACAGCUGGAAUGAGAAUCCUCCCUGAAAGCCAGCAGAAAGCCAUUCUGGAAGACCUUCUGACUGACAUCCCCGUGCACUUUGACUUCCUGUUUUCUGAUUCUCAUGCAGAAGUAAUUUCAGGGAAACAAGAAGGUGUCUAUGCUUGGAUUGGCAUUAACUUUGUCCUCGGACGCUUUGAGCAUAUUGAAGACGAUGACGAGGCGGUCGUGGAAGUUAACAUCCCUGGUAGCGAGAGCAGCGAAGCCAUUCUUCGUAAAAGAACAGCUGGUAUUCUAGACAUGGGAGGCGUGUCAACCCAGAUAGCAUACGAAGUACCCAAAACUGUAAGCUUUGCCUCCUCACAGCAGGAAGAAGUAGCUAAGAACCUGCUGGCUGAAUUUAACUUGGGGUGUGACAUUCACCAAACGGAGCAUGUGUACCGUGUCUACGUGGCCACGUUUCUUGGGUUUGGUGGCAAUGCUGCUCGACAGAGGUAUGAAGACAGAAUAUUUGCCAGCACACUUCAGAAGAACAGACUCCUGGGGAAACAGACCGGCCUGACUCCUGACACUCCGUACCUGGACCCCUGCCUACCCCUGGACAUCAAAGACGAAAUCCAGCAAAACGGACAGACGCUGUACCUGCGGGGGACAGGGGACUUUGACCUAUGCCGGGAGACCAUCCAGCCUUUCAUGAACAAAACAAACGAGACACAAACCUCCCUCAACGGGGUCUACCAGCCUCCGAUUCACUUCCAGAACAGCGAGUUCUACGGCUUCUCUGAAUUCUACUACUGCACGGAAGAUGUGUUACGGAUGGGCGGGGACUACGACGCUGCAGCAUUUACUAGAGCCGCCAAGGAUUAUUGUGCCACGAAGUGGUCGAUCCUGCGGGAACGCUUUGACCGAGGACUGUAUGCCUCUCACGCCGACCUCCACAGGCUCAAGUAUCAGUGCUUCAAGUCCGCCUGGAUGUUCGAGGUGUUCCACAGGGGCUUCUCGUUUCCCGUCAACUACAGAAGUUUAAAGACGGCCUUGCAAGUUUACGACAAGGAGGUGCAGUGGACCCUCGGAGCAAUCCUCUACAGGACCCGCUUCUUACCUUUGAGAGACAUCCAGCAGGAGACGUUCCGGGCCAGCCACGCGCACUGGCGCGGCUUCUCCUUUGUGUACAACCACUACCUGUUCUCCGGCUGCUUCCUGGUGGUCCUGCUCGCCAUCCUCCUCUACCUGCUGCGGCUGCGGCGCAUCCACCGGCGGGCCCCGCGCAGCGGCUCAGCCGCCGCCGUCUGGCUGGAGGAGGGCCUUCCGUCCCAGAAGAUCGCUGGUACCUUGUGAGCCGGGCUCCGAGCCCCCGGAAACUCUACAGGAAAAGCCAUUUUCGCCUCAGGGUUUCUCCUCUUCAUUCUCACUUAGUUUUGUUUUUCUUUUCCCCCUUUGUUCCUGGAGACAAAACCAAACCCCACUGUUCGCAGAUUCCGCUGUCCUGGAAGUACUGCGUCCAGCUCUUCUGUGUAAGCUUUAAACGGAGGAGUCAGGCAAAGGGAGCAUCACUUCAUUUUUGCUGCGUAGAAUAUCUGCCAAAAAUUGCAACAAUUUUUGGUUGUUCUCUAAGGCAUGUUCGAUUUUAAACAGAUGCACUUUGAUACUGGAGGAAAACAGCAGGCUGUCCUCUGUCGGGGGAGGUGGAACCGAGGGGUGACUCUUUCACAGAACCAGAACACGUUCUCACUGGACCGGUCAUCCCUGUUUCUGUCUUGAAAGCUCUCACCUAAAGAGGGAGAUGCUUAGUUUUAUUUAUUGUUCAGGGCUUUUACUGUUUCUUUGCUUUGCAGGUUUAAAAAGCCAGAACCAUUUAUAUCCACAGUAGAUAGGUAUAGGCACCAAGAGGUAACAGUUUUUAAAAUUGACAGGAAGAGACCUGAAAAAAUGUGAAAACGACCAGAGUGCUGUGUGUGUGUGAAACACCAGUGGGAGAGAGUGGGGGGGUGCAGUGCCGUCACUUUUAAAAGCGCAUGCUUCAGCGUCUACUGUUGCAUUGCAUUUCAUUCAGAAAAAAAUCAGUCCUCGAUACCAACCACAGGCAAUUACUUCCUUCAUCCCAUCUUUCAGUGCCCUUAGAACACUAUGUUUUUGACUGAGUUGGAAAAUACAUAGUUUCACUGGUUUUAACGUUAGAACUGGAGCUGGUGUCUGCCAGCUGGCAUGUCCGUGUUUCUCAUUCAUUUGUGGUUAUUUAAUUGUGCUCUGGUUUCUUCCACUUUCAAGUUGGUAUCCCUCCUGCCCUCGUAUUUCAGAGACUUGGCUUGACUGUUGUGGUCGAGGUGGUGCUGGCAGGGCCACUGUAAAGCCACAGGACUAAGAGAAAGAAGAAUCAACUCACAUUUUGAGGAAAACAAGUUUGACAUUUCAAACAAAAACAGAAAAAGGACAGCUGGAUUGGUGUCUCUGAGAUGGGUGGUUUUUCACCUAUUCAUUUAGUUCAGAAACUUUGGACAUUCUCAUGCAUAGUUUUUUAGAUGAUGGGUGUGUGUGUGUGUGCGUGCGUGUGCGUACACAUGCAUGCACGCCCCUAGACUGUUUCUUAACUCCAGAGCAGCUAAAUCCAUCUAGUUGGUAACAGAUUUAUAUUUUGAGAGCUGCUUUUUAAAAGAAUCACUGAUGAGAGAAAGAAUUCAGGUUCUUAAGCCCUUAAUUUAGAAAAAAGUUUGGAUAUUCAUCUUGUCUAGUAAUUACUUAAAAACCUGACAUACUAUAUGUUGAUAACUUAAAAGUUUACAGAUUUAUGAAAGAAAUGCAAAUCUCUGAUUCUGCUCUUCAAAGUGAAUAUUCUAAUGAUAGAAAAAUUGUUGGUAGAAAGUUUGCCUCUCAGAUAUCAAGAACGUUGGAGGAGCUAGAUGGUGUCAUAGCAUCUCAUGAUGCUAAGAAGAGAGACUUCUCUCAGAGAGGAUGGAGACAGGUAUCUCUCAAAAAAAUCCAGCCUCUGAAGUGCUGAUCUCCAGCUGUUUUAAUUCCUUGGUUCCUGGUAAACACUGUUCUUUCUCAAGACGCAGCCAUACAUGAGCUGUCAUGAGUACCCUGGGGUAGAGAGCUGGCAUGCUUCUCCUUGACUUCUUAGAGGGGUUGCCCUGUGGACUGUAGGUGGCAUUAGUGGUGAACAAGAAGUAAGUUUACACGUUAGCUUUUCUACCACCAGCCAUGUGGAGUAGUAAGGCCCUAACCUGCAGGAUGAAAAUUUCCCAGCACCUGGAACAUGUGAUUUUGCCUUUCAGACCACAGCAAGAGUAAGCUAGCACAGGUACAGGUUUAAAUGAGUGUAAAUUAAGACCUACGGUAAACAGCCACUUUUUAGAUAAAGGAUGCUAAUGUGGUCCAGCUCUGUACGUUUGGGGAGUGCAGCAGAGACCAGCAUGGAAGAUCCAAGCUUGACAUCUGUCUGCCAGGACCUAUCUCAGUCUCCAGAAGAAGUCCCCCAGAUUAGGGUCCCAAGGCACAGUGGCCUUGUACUUUGCACAGUUCGGAGCUGUGUACCCCAUCAAAGAACUCCCAGCAGAGGCUUGGCAAGCCAUCACCCACAGGGAAAAUCUGGGAGACUCUUGAGCUUAGAGUAUGUUUUCAAUUUUUUUAAGGUCAUUAAAGGAAAGCAAAGUAACUAGUACACACAGAGACUCAGACACUUAACUCAGUGUCCCUUUACAGAGGACGCUGCUGAGCCUCCACAGACGGUCCGUUCAAGAACAGAUAUCCAGCGCCUUCUCUCUAUUCAGGGAGGUACCUGUGACCAGCGUGAGCACAGAAAGAAGGGCCAGAGACAUGACAAACUGCAAUCUGAAAACAGUUGUGUAUGCACCAGAAUCUCACUCAUCUUUUUCUCUAGGUUCUUUUCAAGAUUGGUUUUCUAAUAAACCAGGUAACAUCUUCCCUCCUCCCCCCACCCAAAUUUAAAACAUGCUGUUGAGGGGGUGCGGGGGGUGGGGGGGUGCACUCAUUCUGCCCUGUUGUGACAUCUGCAGGCAUGGGAGGGCCCUAAUUCAGGAAGCAAAGAAAUAAUGUCAAGUAAAGGCUGGCCAAGAAGGCAGUAAAGUGUGAACGCUUUUAGUGACAGAAAGCAGGAGAAAUCGGAUGGGUGGGAGGGAACUUGGCUGAAAGCCUCGCAAAGAGCAGUGUUCUGUGUUAGCUCUCUGUUUGGUGGAAAGAUUCCUCAAGUAAACGUUCAUCGUCCUACCUGUGCUGCUCCUUUUUAAACCUCCAGAGAAUGUUGUUGAAGAUUUUAUAGUCCCUGCAAGGACAUCACAUUAAAAGUACAGACAGACUGAUUGGUCUCGGUGGUUUCUGCACAUUCUCACCCUAAACCACUGGCUUUGCGGCUCCCGACCCUGGAAGCCGGGGAGACCCCUUGCUGUCCUGUCACCACAUCUGUGCACCCAGGCAGGUCUGGAGUACCCGGUGUUUGAAUCUGAAGCUCAGGCCUACAUAGGAUACUUCUCCUUCUAAGAAGCAUGCACCACUUAGCAAGAAACUCAAACAGGCAACUGCAUUUUCCAAACUUUAAAAAAAAAAAAUCAGCUUUAGAAUUUUGUGUGGUUACGUGCAAUGAGUGCAGCAGAACUACCUAUAAGUAAAUUAUUUAGUUAUUUAUUUCUCUUUCAGGGUUUUGUUUUUUUAUGAUUUUUAUUGAUUGUCCUCUUCCAUAGUGAAUGAGGUGACCAACCAAGGAGAAUUCUGUGUUCUGUUACUAAGAUUUUAUUUCGAGGUUAGGAAUUAAUAAACUAAAGGAGCAUCUCUAAAUGUUUUUGAUUUAAAUGAUGUUUUCCAUUCAAAGAAUAAUUACCCUCGGGGAAUUGUGGUGUCGUAUCAUUUUCUGUGUUUGGCAACCUCACCUUGCGACCCUCCACAUGGAUGGGUGUUGAGAAUAAAAUGGAAGUUCAUCUUGCGGUCCAUAGAUGUGUGAGCUUGCUUGCUUGUGAUUUUUUAAAGAGAUUUUUCUCUGAUGUUUGAAUCUUGUUACCGGUUAGAAUGCUUAGUUGAACUUGAAUCUCAAUUCAGUGAAAAUAAAUUGUCUGAGUCUGACUACA